AUGGCAGGGAGUAAUACCAGCGCUGCCGCCGCGGCGACCGCGGCAGCCAACCUGAAUGCUGUGAGAGAGACAAUGGACGUUCUGCUUGAGAUCUCAAGAAUAUUGAAUACUGGCUUGGAUAUGGAAACACUCUCUAUUUGUGUACGUCUGUGUGAGCAAGGAAUAAACCCAGAGGCCUUAUCCUCUGUUAUUAAAGAACUUCGAAAGGCCACAGAAGCACUAAAGGCUGCUGAAAAUAUGACAAGCUGACUUCAUGGAGGGAUCUCUUGGAGAUUUUAAGAUUGCAUACUCAUC